AUGCAGCCAGUCGCAGCCAAAAGCCCGCUCAGCCACAGGACCUCAUUUUCUGUGGAGGAUAUUUUGGAUCCAACAAAGUUCACGAGGAGAGGAAUCUGUGCUCGAGAUGCAACGACAGGUGCCUCUGCAGGCAGAGAUGAACCCGGAGAGCAGCACCCUCCUGCGGCCCCGGAGGAGGAGAAGCUUCGCAGCUCGAAGGCUAAAGGCCGCCGGGUCCGCACUGCCUUCAGCCUGGAGCAGCUGCAGCUCCUGGAGCGCAGCUUCCACCGGUGCCACUACCUGUCGGUGCUGGAGCGCCACGCCAUCGCCUCGGUCCUGCGCCUCUCCGAGACGCAGGUCAAGAUCUGGUUCCAGAACAGGCGCACCAAGUGGAAGAAGGAGCGUGUGCAGGGGGGAGAGGAGGCCGAGGCGGAGGAGGAAGCCGGGUUCACAGCCUCACAUCCUCUGCCCUACGGGCCGCUUUACUGCCAGCAGCGCGCGCCGCUGCAGCGGUUCGCACCGCUGCCGCUGCUGCCGCUGCUGCCGUGUCAUCGUUAUUACACAUGA